CCGGCGGAUCUGUGAAAUUAACCCUUACACUAAACUCUGGCUUAUACGAUCACCCUACGGUGAGAAUACCUCGGCUGGCUUACCGAGCGAGAGAGGUCAGCUGUCGCUGACGUCGUUAGCCGGUGACCGGUAACGAGAAUCUUCUGACGAAAACGUUCACUCUUCCAAUUUUGCCCCCGACCUAUAAAUACCCCUCGCCCUCUCUGUUAUUUUUUCCGUGGGUCCGCUCGAAAGAAGAAGGAAACUUCCUCUCUCUCUCUUCAGAGGUUUCGGAGGCGAUCGUCAUGUCGCAGCAUGGCUAGCAGAAUGAGGAGGUUUUUGUUUCCACCAGUUGUCCCGCUACUGAUCGUGCUCUUCUCUAUGCAUCGCAUAUGCAAAUUUAAUUCCACACAGGAAUAUUAUCUUUAUCUUUAGUUCGCACCGCAGUGUUAUGAAGCAGGCCUUACCGCUAUUUAUCUCUAGUCUGAGUGGUUUUUAAAUACCCCAGGUAAGGACAGUGAAAGUCAGUAAUGUUUCCCUCAGUGCUACUGAACAAAACAUCAAGGAGUUCUUUUCCUUCUCUGGUGAUAUUGAAUAUGUCGAAAUGCAAAGUGGGGAUGAGUGGUCACAAAUAGCAUUUGUCACAUUUAAAGAUACACAGGGAGCAGAAACUGCCCUUCUUCUUUCGGGAGCAACAAUAGUUGAUCUAGACGUCAUAAUUACACCGGCCCCUGAAUACCAGCUGCCUCCAUCAGCCAUACUCCCCCCUUUGUAUAACGACUCCCAACCAACUAAAAACACUGAAACCCCCAUCCAAAAAGCCGAAGAAGUCGUCUCCAGCAUGCUCGCCAAGGGCUUCAUCCUAGGCAAAGACACCAUCAACAAAGCCAAAUCCUUCGACCAAAAGCACCAGCUCACAUCCACCGCCUCCUCGAAAAUCUCUUCUUUCGACAAAAUGAUCGGGUUAUCAGAAAAAGUAACAACGGGCACUUCAGCAGUUGGCAACAAAGCCAAGGAAAUGGAUCAAAAGUUUCAGGUCUCGGAAAAGACUAAGUCUGCGUUUGCUGCUGCGGAGCAGAAGAUGAGCAGCGCUGGUUCUGCUAUAAUGAAGAAUAGGUACGUAUUCACCGGAGCAUCGUGGGCGACUGGUGCUUUCAGCAAGGUUUCUAAGGCUGCCAGCGACGUGGGGUCGAACGCUAAAGAAAAGGCUGUGGCUGAAGAAACGCAGCGUAAACGAAUGGAGGAAGAAUUUGCUCAGGUCCAUUUAAAGUGAACCUCUGAAAGCGGGCUGCAAAGGGUUUGAUACUGUAAAAGUUCAUAUAGAACUGAUAAGCGUAUGUAAAAUUUUGUCACACGUGAGCCUUAAUAUUUGUUCACUUUUUCUGGAUGUGCUGAUGAUUCGCGAGGUAUCUUGACGCUUUGAAUUUUCUAACAUUGAGACAUGUACUUAGUAUGUUGUUAAUUUUGUUUUGUUAAUUUUGUUUA